GAUGAGAUGACUCAGUUCCGUAUGGGGCGGGGCGGGAGGGGGAUAACGGGACUCCCGGCUGCGGUCCCUCCUCCGAGCCGUGCCGAGCCGUUCCGUUCCGUGCCGAGCCGAGCCGAGCCGCGCUCGCCCCGCCCCGGCGAGCAGUGGCCAUGCGGCGAGCGGAGCUGGCGGCCGAGGCCGCGCUGCGGGCUCUGCUCCUCGCCACCUUCGGGAUCAUGGAGUUCCUGCCGCCCUUCCAGCGCGUGGUGCAGCCCGAGGAGAUGUGGCUCUACAAAAAGCCCUACGUUGAAGCGGACCACGUCCCCACUGUCUUCAUGUUUUUCAUCGCAUUUCUGUCCCCCUUGUUGCUCAUCCUCCUGGCGAGGCUGUUCAUGGGCGCUGACCACGAGGACACGAGGGAAGCCUGCCUUGCUGCCAGCCUUGCUCUUGCCCUGAACGGGGUUUUCACCAACGCCCUGAAGCUCGUUGUGGGGAGCUGCAAAGACAAUUCAGACAUAGACAAAACACUGGGGAGCCGCUGUCUCAGGCCAUCACUCAGAUGCUGGGCCCAGGCUGGGGAGGAUGGCGUUGGCACAGGCUGCUCCCUGCUGCCCCGUGGGUGCUGGGAGUGCCCACACAGGAGGGCCCUGAGCUCCACUUCCCUGUCCCAGGCCACGGCCCGACUUCUUCCACCGCUGCUUCCCGGACGGCCGAGCCAACGCCGAGCUGGUGUGCACGGGGGACGCGCGCAGGGUGACCGAGGGCCGCAAGAGCUUCCCCAGCGGGCACGCUUCCUUUGCCUUUGCUGGUCUUGCCUUCUCCGCCUUCUACCUGGCAGGGAAGCUGCACAGCUUUGUUCCAGGCCGGGGGGGCCGGGCCCUGCGCUUCUGUGCCUUCCUCCUCCCCCUCUUCCUGGCCACCCUCAUCGGCGUGUCCCGCACCUGCGACUACAAGCACCACUGGGAAGAUGUGUUGGUUGGCUCAGUGAUGGGCUUGGUGCUCGCCUACCUGUGCUACAGGCAGUACUACCCUCCCCUGACAGACACUACGUGCCACAAACCAUCUCUGGCCAAGCCCAAAGCGCUGCCAGCGCACGAGGAGAAGCCUCCAGCUCCCGGCUUCCACAUGAACAUUUAGUGCCAGGCUCUGUCCUGCCUCUCCUGGCUGCCAGGGCAGGGUGAGGCUUGGGGGAAGCUGCUCAGGAGGAGUGAGGAUGAACCCCUGGGCAGGUGUUCCCUGCCAAGCUGGUGAGUUUCCUGCCCUGGCCCUUGUGUUGCUUCAUUUCAUUGAAUUUUGUAGGCCACCCUCUCUUCAGGCCCACUGUGAAGCGAGGGAGGCACUCGGGGUGCCAACCUGCACAAAGACAGUUGGGGUGUGGAGGUCCUGAACACAAACUGGGAAAAUGUGACAGCCCAGUGUUCCCAGUCUGGUGGCAGUUCUUGUGUCCAGUCCAGGAAGCACCAUUGGCCACCUCCCUGCAGUCCAGCUGAGCUGUCCCAGCCCUUCUCCUGGGAAAUGAAAUGCAGGACCUACCAACUUUGAGCUUUUCUAAUUUCUCAAAUAAAGGAGUUUAAUUUUUGUAAUGA